UGGUCAUUUGACACAUGCGCAGGAAGGAUGUUUGCUAAUUCUGCUACAUUGGGGAAUCUUUGUUGAAGUUUAGCUCUCGCGUUUUGAUGGGUUAACCUCUUAACGAGAGUUUUUUUCGUUAUCUUUUUAAAUGAUCACGUUACAGGUGUUAUAAUUACACUCGUGAUGAUUUCCGGUGGGUUUAUAAUCGAUUCGCUGCCGGAUAGCCUGAGCUGAUAUGGCUGUUGCUGGAGCGGCUCCUCAGAUUUGCUUUUCCCCAGACAGAUGCUUCUCAGCGUGAUCCACAAGCUGGCUUUCCUCUGACUUAUCUCUCAUCGGUGGUGCCAAGAGCCGACACAGAGCUGCCAAACUUACGAAGACAAAAUGCACGAGAGCCAAGCGGGGCAAAGCAGAUCUGCUGCUUCACUGAUACACAGAGGACAGAAAACGUCGGCUACUAGCAGUUAUGAAUCGAUGGCAAUGAGACUGACCAAGGAGUAAUUCAGAGCUUGUUCUGCUGCCAAUCGUUGUGCGCGUGUCAACUAUGGAGACCACUCAGGUGACUUUGGCGGUCAGAGGAGAGACAUCUCCAGGUGAGGUGAUUGCUGUUGUUGGUAGCUGUGAAGAACUGGGAAACUGGAGCCAUCAGAAAGCUGUGACUUUACAGCCAGUUGGUGAUGAUGGAUGUACCUGGACUGCAACAGUCACCGUACCUAAAGGUGUUGUUGCCAAGUAUCGCUACUUCAAAGGCUUCUUUCUGGAGUCUAAGAGUGCAGGUGGCCCCUGUCAAGUGAUAGUCAAUAUGUGGGAGACCCAUCAUCAGCCUCGCACGAUGAGCCCCACAGCACCACACCAGAAUAUUGAUGAUGGACAAUUUGGCGUUCACAAUGGGGUGAAUUGUGUUGACUCUGGGUGGCUGACAUGCCAAACAGAAAUUCGCCUGCGUCUGCACUAUUCUAAGAUGCCUCCGGUGUCCAUCACGAAGAAGAAAUUCAAGAAGUCUCGCUUCAGGAUCAAGCUGACAUUAGAGGGCAUCGAGGAAGAGGAGGAUGAUGAUGAGGAGGAGGAGGAGCUCAGUCCAUCAACCUGCCACAAAAUGACCCCCACUCUGGAGAUCAGUCUGAUCAAUGCCAACGGCUACAAGUCACGUCACUCACAGCCUGAAUGUGGCUACGCUCUGGAGCCGUCCCAGUGGACUGAUUACAGCAUCCACACCAUGGACCCCGACAACCUGGAGCUCACCUUUGAGUUCUUUGAGGAGGAUCUGAGUGAGCAUGAAGUCCAGGGUGAUGCCCACCCAGGACAUGCAGGCACCGCCUGCCUCCUCUCUUCCUCAUUUUUGGAGAGUGGCAAAGACAUUGGAGUAGUUACACUUCCCAUAAUGGGACGAAACUCCAGACAGACCAUCGGGAAAGUAAGAGUGGAUUACCUGGUAAUUCGACCCAUCCAGGGGCUGCAGUGCAACAUGAGCUCGUCGUUCACCAAAUACUGGAAGAAAAGAAGCACUCUGAGUGUGGGUCACCGUGGAGCCGGCAGCUCACAUGCAGCCAAGCAUCACAGAGUCAGAGAGAACACAAUAGCCUCCUUCAAAAGUGCUGCUAAACAUGGUGCAGCCUUUGUGGAGUUUGACGUUCACCUCUCCAAGGACGCUGUUCCUAUCGUUUACCAUGAUCUGACCUGCUGCAUAUCCACCAAGAAGAAAAAUGACAUGAAUGUGGAGCUUAUUGAAGUGCCAGUGAAAGACCUGACAUUUGACCAGCUGCAGCUUUUGAAGCUGGCUCAUCCCGCUGCCAUGAAAGGAAGUGAUCACAAAGAUCUGCUGGACGAUGAAGAUGAAAUCGAUGAGCAUCAGCCGUUUCCCUCUCUCUCACAGAUAUUUCAAGCUAUUCCUGAACAUGUUGGCUUCAACAUUGAGCUCAAAUGGAUCUCCCAGAUGAAGGAUGGAUCAUGGGACGGAAACUUGUCAAGCUACUUCAACAUGAACACCUUCCUCGACAUUGUUCUGUCCUGCGUUCUGCAAAAAGGUGGAAAAAGACGGAUUGUGUUCUCCUGCUUUGACCCAGAUGUCUGCACCAUGGUGCGUCGUAAGCAGAACAAGUACCCCAUCCUCUUCCUGACUCAGGGAGUAACAGACCGGUAUCCGGAGCUGAUGGACAUCCGCUGCCAGACAACUCAGAUCGCCAUCAGUUUUGCGCAGAGUGAAAAUAUUCUGGGAAUCAGCGCCCACACCGAGGAGCUGUUAAAGAACCUGAACUACAUCGGGGACGCCCAGGCUAAAGGUCUGGUGGUGUUCUGCUGGGGAGACGACAACAAUGAUCACGAGACCAGGAGGAAGCUGAGGCAGCAAGGAAUAGACGGGCUCAUCUAUGAUAGCAUCUGUGAAGAACAAGGAGAGCAACCAAACAUCUUCCAGGUAGAGGCGCAACACUCCCUGCAGGAGGUCAUUACAGAGGAGACCCUGAACAGCUCCACCUGUUCCUGCUACUCCAUCCCCUGCUCCAUGGCGCCCUGCACGGCCUCCAAACCAUGUGUUGGAAGCGUGGAGUCUGAUUCUGGCCUCAGCUCCUCCUAAACACCUCUGAGCCGUUCAACACACCUUAUUGUUCACACUUGUACUCACUCAAGAGGACCACGGUGGGAACGCGGGUUUAAGCUCACAAAACAUUUCGCGUGUCUUUAAUCUUUCACAAAUAGUCACCGGGGUAAACACCACUUUACCCAUCUCCGCUCCACAUUUCGUCUUGUGUCAUCAGCAGUUUUACUAUGUAGGCUUUCUAUUGAAACAUGGAAGUUCAGCCAAAAUCUGACUUUUUUAUUUAUUUUUUGGUCUGACAGACGGCAGAUUGUUUCGGGACCAGAACAGUCUGAUCUUUAUUAUCAGGAAACCAUGUUAAAUAAGGAAGUUAAAUACUUCAGUUAAUAUUUAUUUAGCCAAUAAAUUUCAUUUCCUCAUCGUGUAAGUGCUAAAAAUGUCCUGCUUGUGAUAUUUUACGGGUGGUGAAUUAUGAUGAUGCAGGGCGAUGCUGUUAUUUCUCAGUUUCUGCUGGUGUGUUUGAUUCAGUGCAUGAAGCCAUUACCUGAAGCGUUAUUUUCAUGGUCUCAAAUUUGGCCAUGUUUCCUACCAGUCACAAUCAGCUGCAUUUGGAUGAGGGUGCAGGUUGCCAUUAACAAGAACUCGCUCCUUGGUGGUUUUUAUAUAACCUGUAUGACUGUUUUAGUUGCUCCCAUUUUUCAUGUCUUUAAACUCCUACUUUUUGACUUGGUGAUUAAUAAGAGGUGCAAUCAAAAGAUAUGGUGACUGUUUAACAAAAAAAAAACUAACCACACUCUGAGGUUACAGCACAACCGGAUCAACCACAUGACAUCGUGGUACAGUUCAGGUUAACGGCGAAUGUUGUCCUCAGACGCCUUUUAAAGUGGAGUUCGGUAUGAUUCAUGGUGCACAACUACGCACAGAAAAAUUUAAGCAAUGCACAUGCUCCUUGUGUCUUUCAUUGCAAAGACUCGUGUUUUUAAAACAAAAAUAUAUGUAAAACAAACCCCAAUGUUGUAAUGCAACGUGAUCCACACUCACAGAAGCUCCUGUUAGCAUUAUUGCACAUUCUCACACAGUUUCCGAACUUCUUGAUUGCUCCUUGCUGCUGUUGGUGUAAAUUGCGCUCUGCAUACUGUAUGUACUGUAGCCUUAACUCUAAGAAAGCAGAAUGUUUUGUUAGCGAACACACUUGCCACAGCCUUAAUUGGAAUACAAUCACAUCUUUCUGUUUCUGGCCUUUAGCUUCAGCAUCACUGGUACCUCACUCAUCAUCCAUCACAAUGGAGCUGGGCUCAGAUGUGUGUACUUCUAUACCACCUUCACAAUACUCCAUACUGCGCGACAGAUUAUUUUCUGUCCCCAGAUACCCUUGAAUCCAUUUACAUGAUGCUGAUUGUAAAUAGCUGUCUCUGCACAAUCUGUCACCUACAAACUAGUGAUUAAUGCAUGUAUAUCUGUAUGAUAAAACAAAAAGGAAGAAUUAAUGAAUUUAAUGUGGACCAUGAACUGCCACUUGUAAUGUAAAUAAAACUUAUGUUUGCUUA